AUGACGAGCCUUACUACCAUCGUCCGGCAGUUUGGGAUCCGUUCCAAGACUUCCGAGGAACGAAGUGAAGGUGGAAGUGGAGGAGGGGCGAGUGCUCAGCAUCCGCGGCGAGAAGAGCGUGAAGAAAGAAGUGAGCGGCGACAUGUGGCAGCGCUGGAACGUAGAAGCGGGUCGUUCGUGAGGAGUUUCAAGUUGCCGGAGAACGCGACGGUGGAUAAGCUGACGGCGUGUCUGGAGAACGGGGUGCUGACCAUCACAGUUCCUAAGAAAGAGGCCAAACACUACCCUAAAAGAAGCAUUGAGAUCUAUGGCGGAGAGUGA